UAAAUUCAAAAUUAUGGGUAAUCUAGACGAAUUUUACUGACUCCAUUUUUCGUUAAAAUAAAUUUAGUUUAAUGAUUUAUUCUUAAUUAUGUCAAUUUUUGAGCGUUUAUAUAAUUCCGACAAUGAUAUUGUGAAAAAUAUUGUGGCGUUAUGGAAAUCGACCUGUAGGCUUCCCGCGGUCGAGGCUGCCAUCACCAGAGAAACCAUUCCAUGCCGAAAUGCAGAUGGAUCUCUGGGUGAAAAGGAAAUAUGUAAGGAUGAAGACGGGAACCGAGUGGAAUGCACCUGCGGUACUUGCGGCGACGACGACGACGAGGAGGGUGGUCGAGAGUCAGCCGGAUCUAGGCUGACUGCAUACCUGUGGACUCUGAACAACAUGGCAGAGGCAGAGCCAUCCACACCCGCCCCAUUCUAUGCCGACCUUAGCAAGAAGUCAAAUGAUGUCUUCAGCAAGGGCUAUCACUUCGGUGUCUUCAAACUUGACCUGAAGACAAAGAGUGCUUCAGGAGUUGAAUUCACAAGUGGUAUUGUCUCCAACCAGGAUAGCGGGAAGGUGUUUGGCAGCCUUUCGUCAAAAUAUGCUGUGAAAGAUUAUGGCCUGACAUUUUCAGAGAAAUGGAACACUGACAACACAUUGGCCACAGAUGUCACCAUUACGGACAAAAUUGCUAAAGGCCUUAAACUCACGUUGGAGGGUACAUUUGCACCACAGACAGGGAGCAAGACAGGUAAACUGAAGACACAAUAUGCCAAUGAAAAGUUUGCAGUAAACACCAUUUUGGACUUAGACAGAGCAGGACCAGUUGUUGAUGCCGCUGUAGUUCUCAAGUACCAGGGCUGGCUCGCUGGUGUGCAUGGACAGUUUGACUCAAAGAAUGCCAAGCUUACUAAGAACAACUUUGCUUUCGGCUACCAAACGAAAGAAUUCAACCUCCACACUAAUGUUGACAAUGGCAAGGAAUUUGGCGGUUCAAUCUACCAGAAGGUGUCAGAAAAAAUUGAAUGUGGUAUCACCAUGAAGUGGGUGUCGGGCUCCUCCGACACGUUGUUCGGAGUGGGCGGCAAGUAUUCUCUCGACGCUGACACUUCGCUCCACGCUAAGGUCAACAACAAGUCUUUCAUUGGCCUGGGCUACCAACAGAAGUUGAAACCUGGUGUGGUCCUGACGUUGUCUGCAGGCAUCGACGGGCAGAACUUCAACGCCGGCGGCCACAAGGUCGGCCUGGCCCUCGAGCUGGAGCCCUAAACAGCUGCCAGAGCGGCUUGCUAUAACUUGUAGAUAAACAUAAUGCCACACAACUGUCUCCGACAGGCGAGCAUAUAUAGCAAAAUCAAUUCACAUAGUAUCUUCAGUGUUGUCUUUAGCGUAUUUCAAGCGUUAAACGCAUGUAUUCAAAUUCCACCCUACGAGCGCCGUCAGUACAAUCUGUAUUUUAAAGGGCGGACGCGCUUACUUCCUAAAUUUAGAUUACAUAGUAUGUAUGUAUGUUGUAAGCACGCGACGUUACGCAUCCUAUUUUUUUGCAAACUAAUUAUAUUUGACCCAAAUAAUUCGAACCAUACCAGUUAUUGUCGUGUAAAUAAGCACCAGUGGUGUGUUAUUGAUUGAAUGAAAAUAAAAACGGAUAGUCUGUUGCAAUCAGCA